AUGCCACAUACGAGGCAUAUACGAGGCCAGACGCCAGAUGCCUAUGACACUGACCUCAGAUACAGCUCUAGGAGCAACCCUGUGGCCCUCGUCCACGCCCGCCUCCAGCGCGCCGACUGCGACCACCCGGCUGGCCUGGCCGACUGGUCUACUGCGUCGCCCCGCGGCCGCCUCCAACCGCGCCGGUUGCGCCCCGGCGUCCGCACCGCCGCUUGGUCCGGCCACUCCCGGCCUGCACACGCACCGGCCUCUGUCCUGCCGCAGCCCUGCGCCGGCCUCUGCACGGCUCUGGCUCCUCUGCCCGACGACCGGCUUCCCGCUCUGCUGUGCCGCCUCCGCCACCCGGCCUGCGGCCCGCUCCCGUGCCUCGUCCGGCUCCCCCGCUUGCGCCGGGUCGCCGGCCGCGCGCACCGGCCGCCGGCUCCCGCCCAGCUGCCGGCUCCAGCCGCGUCCACCUCGUCCGUCCGGGUACAUGAGCGCCGACUGCGCCGCUCAGCCUUCCGUGACGACGCCUGCUGUGGCCGCCUGCUCGGCGCCUCCGCCCCGCCAGCUUCCGCGACGCCGCCCAGCAAGGUCCCCGCCGCCUCGCCCACGCCCCGUGCCGGGCCCGCUUGCCGCUGCGCCCCCGGCCGGCUCCCUCACUCGGCGUUCACGCCUCGCCUGGCCGCCUCCCCCCGGACUCGGCUCCCCCGCACGUUGGAUCCUCCGCUCCGGCUCCCACACGCACCGGGUCCUCCUCGCGGCCGACCUCAGCGCCCGCCGGCUUGCUGCUCCAACCAGCUGCCGGCUCCCCGCGCCGGGUUGCUGCGCCCGGUUCCCGCCCCGCGGCCGGCUUCACCCGCACCUGGCUGCCGGGUUACCGGCGCCCCUGCCUCCGGCUUCAUCCCGCUCCGGCCGGCUCGUCGCGCACCGGUUGCCGCCUUCACGCAGCCGGCUCCGCCGGCCGACCUCCCGCACCCCGGCCGCGCCAGCGCCGGCUCGCCUCUCGCCCGCGCCGCUCCACUCCGCGCGCCGUGCCAACUCCCCUGCCGCGCCCCUGGCCGGCUGGGUAGCGCACCUCCGCUGCUGGCUCCCGGGUCGAGCACCGUGGCCGGCUGCACCCCGGGCGCCCCCGUCGGGUCCCGCUCCAGCCGCUUGCUGUGGCCGGCAUUUAAUAGUGUCUGA